CUCCCUCUCCGGCCCGAGCCAUGGCAACCGCGUGACGUGAGGGUGCAGGGAGCUGCGGGAGCAGCGGUCGCGGCUUCAGUGCUAGCUCGCCCCGCGGCCCGGGCGGGAGCAAGGCGAGAGGAGCCGCUGCCCCGCUGCCCGCGCCACCGCCGCGCUCCCGGAACCCGCGGGGCGCCCGCUCCCCGCUCCCCCGCAGCCAAGCGGGCGCGGCGGCGGCUGUCAGAGCCCGGGGCCAGGGAGGGUCGCGUGCAUGGCCUCGGCGGGCGCGCGGCGGCUCCCGGUCGGGACGCGCGCCGCGGCCCGGCGCUGCUGCGGCCUCCCGCUGCGCCCGGCCCCGCCCCCGGGCCCUCCGCGACCUCCGGGACCAAUGAGAUUUCUGAUUUCCUGCAGCCUCCUCUUACCCAGGACUGCCCAUGCCCAGGUCUUGGCGGCUGAGGGCGGCUUGCCUCCCAGCCGUUCCUUCAUGGGCUUUGCUGCCUCCUUCACCAACAAGAGGAAGGCUUACUCCGAGCGUAGGAUCAUGGGGUACUCCAUGCAGGAGAUGUUCGAGGUGGUGUCUAACGUCCAGGAGUACUGCGAGUUUGUGCCGUGGUGUAAGAAGUCUUUGGUGGUGUCUAGCCGUAAAGGUCACCUGAAGGCCCAGUUGGAGGUUGGCUUUCCACCUGUCAUGGAACGUUAUACCUCUGCUGUUUCCACGGUCAAACCUCACAUGGUCAAGGCUGUUUGCACUGAUGGCAAGCUCUUCAAUCACUUAGAGACCAUUUGGCGAUUCAGCCCCGGUAUUCCUGCCUACCCCCGAACUUGCACUGUGGACUUUUCGAUUUCCUUUGAAUUUCGUUCUCUGCUGCACUCCCAGCUGGCCUCCAUGUUUUUUGAUGAGGUUGUCAAAAAGAAUGUUGCUGCCUUCGAGCGCCGGGCAGCCACCAAGUUUGGUCCAGAAACAGCCAUACCCCGUGAACUGAUGUUCCAUGAGGUGCACCACAGCUGAGGCAAUCUUUUAUUCUCCCUCUCCACCCAAUUCUUUUAUUUAUUUCAGUUGACUCCUGCCCCAGUCUGAGAUCUCAGUUCUCCAGAAGGCGGGCUCUAAGCUGGCUGGAAUGCUGGGGGAAAGAAAAGGCAGGGGUGUGGAAGGGACACAUGCUAAGAAAUGGUCAGGCUCAACCUGAGCCCUGUAAGCAUGAUGCCUGCAGCCUUCUCACAUUGUAAUUAGGACUGUGUGGUUAUCCCUGAGCCCUGUCAAGGUACCUGUGUCUGAUCAGGGGAAAUAGCAACUUUCCUUAAGGACUGAAUAAAUGGAGCUUUUCCUCUACACAGAGGAACUGGAUGGUCAAUUACUUUUGCUUGCUUGGAAUGCCUCAGGGGAUGCUUGAGCUCUGGCCGCAGCUUAAAAUCACGUCACCUCACUUCUAAGAAUAUUUCCAUGCUAGUGGAGAGCCGGGGGCUUUCUUAUCAGUGCCACGGGGUGAGGGGAAAAAAAAAAAAAAGCACCGAACAGAGUUAUACUCUUGGGAUGUACCGUAUUCUUCCACUUGGCCUGAGUUUUUAUAAAAUUUCAAUAAAUUAAUUAUGACAAUGUGAA